AUGUUUAGGCUAAAGAGGUGCAUAAUAUGGGUCCUGGGACGCUUCAUAUGCGUUAAUCAUGUCGCCGUCAUCAUGGACGGGAAUAGGCGCUAUGCCAAGAGUAAAGCCAUAAAAGUAUCCGGGGGUCAUGCUCAGGGUUUCUACAAGCUUCUACAGAUGGUGGAGAUUUGCAGUCUGUUUGGGGUAUCGGCUCUGACGGUUUAUGCCUUUUCCCUGCUAAACUUUAGGCGUUCAAAGGAGGAGAUUUGUGACCUCAUUAAUUUAUCCAUCGACGUUUUAUCGCAAAAUGGGCAGUUGAGGGACUUUUGUAAAGAUGUCAACUGCCGAAUCCGUUUCUGUGGAGACUUUAGCUUCGUCGGGGAUGACAUUAAAAAGAUGCUAAAGGACGUGGAACUAAAGACUUCACAGUAUACGGGAAUGACUCUGAACAUUUGUCUAUCGUAUGGAGCAAGAAAUGAAAUCGCAAAUGCGCUCAAGGGAAAGAGCGAGAAUUUUUGCGAAAAUUUAUCAACUAGUCCGUUUGGACCUCCAGAGAUUUUAAUUAGAACUUCUGGAGUAACGAGGCUGUCAGAUUUUUUAAUCUAUCAGGCAAGUUUACAUUUGGAUUUAUUUUUACAUGGAUAA